GCUCUCUUUUCUCCUCAACCCGCUGCUGCCGCUCGCUCCCACGUCACAACAUCACGUCACAACGUCAACGCAGCGCGCUCGUGUACCCCUCACACAGACACACGAAGCAUUUUCGCGUCGUCGUGCUGCUGCUGAAUUGCGCUCGUCCCUGGAGCGUGCUGUGGAGUACUGCCCCCUGAACGACGACACCACCAACACAGACACGCGAGUGAGCGAGCGAGCUUGGGACUAGGAAGCGCCGCCGCUGGAGGUCCGUGUGAGCUGCUUGUGGAAGCAUCAGCAUCAACGACAACAACUAAAACAGCAUCGGCAACGGCACCAUGGCCAUCAUCGAGGGCUGGCUCCCGCCGACGCGGGCGCACUACGACCUCAUUCUGCGCGCGUGGCAGCUCGCCUUUCCACCGCUCGCCUCCAUCCAGUGGCUCGUCAGGUGGUACCCCAUGGGCAAGACGAGCGUCGCCAGCAGGCUCAACCUGCCCGGGCGCGCCGCCUGGAUGACCAUGGAGGCGCCGGGGUUCCUCACCCUGCUGUACCUGAUGAGCACCAUGCCGGCGCGGCACGGCGUCGAGGACCUGCCGUGGCAGAACCGCGUGCUGGGCGGGCUGUUUGUCAUCCACUACUCGUACCGCGCCAUCGCCUAUCCCCUCCUGCAGCCCUCCAUGGCGCCCAUCCACGUCUUCGUCUGGGCCGCCGCCCUGUGCUUCCAGCUCAUCAACGCCACCUGCCUCGGCUCCUGGCUGUCCGCCUACGGGCCCCUCACCGCCGACGCCUGGGCCGCCCAGUCGCCCCUCCCCCAGUUCGCCCUCGGCAUGCUGCUCUUCUACGUCGGCCUCGCCGGCAACUUUUUCCACGACGAGGAGCUGCGCGAGAUUCGCCGCCGCGCCGCCGCCAGGCAGACUAACAACAAGAACAACAAGAAUACCGCCGGCCCGAGUAGCAAAGCCAACGGCAGCGGCGGCAGCAGCAGCAGCAACGGCACGUCGGCGACGUCAGCGCACCACCACCACUACGAGAUCCCCCAGGCCGGCCUCUUCAGGUACAUGCUGUACCCGCACUACUUUUGCGAGUGGGUCGAGUGGCUGGGCUUCCUCAUGGCCGCGGGCUGGACGUGCGCCCCGGCGUGGGCCUUUCUCGUCAACGAGGUGGCGUCGAUGCUGCCGCGGGCCGUCAGCGGCAAGCGCUGGUACGUAGAGAGGUUCGGCGCGGACAAGGUGGGCAAGAAGUGGGCGAUUAUCCCAGGCUUGCUGUAAGCUUUCCAUGAUUGUUCUUGUUCUGCUGUUGUUCCUGUUCUCUUGUAAUGAUGGGCUCUGGCGAUGGGAGAAGCAGGGACGCCAGGGGGCGGGGAGAGAAGAGGAUAGCAUCUGUGGGGUGGCUCACCAUGCAAAAGUGCAUAGACGACGCGGUGGCUGUUCAUCCCAGUAGUGUCGGAAAUGCACGUGUGCACGUUGUACAUGGACUGUAGCGCGCACCAGACAUGGCAGUCAGUUCAGUCAGAGACGUGCAUGAUCCAGUUACAAACAUGUAUCACUCUCACCAGGCAUCAGCACGUAAUCAGGCAGGCAGGCAGGCAGGCAGGCAGGAAAGCAGACGCGUGCUGUACACACAAAGUGAUGCCUUUAUACUUCUAUCGUGUAACGCUAUACGCACGUACGUACAGGCAGGGAGUCGCCAUGUUCGUCGCGACCGAGUCCCAACCUCAUAUCCAUCCAUGAUCC